AUGUCCCACAACGCACAUGGCGAGAGACCUGUCUCUUCACAGGAGAAGGUUGCGGUCAACCAGAUGGAACACGUCUUGACUACCGACGACCCUGCUCUUAUGAAGCAGCCCGUGAUUGAGAAAGUAGACGAGUUCGGUGCCCACACAAAGACAGACCCGAAAGAGAUCGCUCUAGUGAAGAAGAUUGACUGGUACAUUCUGCCUAUUCUAUGGUUGAUGUACUUCCUCAACUUUCUCGACAGAAAUGCGAUGAUUAAUGGCAAACUCAAUGAUUUGGACACCGACCUGGGCCUCAAAGGCAAUCAGUACAAUACCUGCGUUUCCAUCCUUUUCGUCGGAUACCUUUGCGGCCAAGUUCCUUCCAACAUGAUCCUCAACCGGGUUCGUCCCUCGUACUACAUGGCUGGUUUCAUGAUGGCUUGGUCUAUUUUCUACCCCGGUGCUCUUUACAUGCUUAGCAUGUUCUAUACCAGGAAGGAGGUUUCAACCCGCAUGGCUAUCUUCUAUACUGGCAACAUGGCCGCAAGUGCUUUCUCUGGUCUCAUUGCAGCUCCCAUUUUCUCGGGAAUGCAAGGCGUGAAAGGUCUUUCUGGAUGGCAGUGGCUCUUCAUCAUCCAAGGAGCCGUCUCCAUCCUCGUCGCCAUUCUCGCCUUCUUCCUCUUGCCCGACAGCCCCCUCAAGACCCGCUGGCUCACCGAGGAGGAGCGCCAGCUCGCGCACACCCGAAUCUACAACGAUACCACAGACCGUCGCGAGGGUACCAGCGUCUGGACGGGUCUUCGAGAGGCCUGCACUGAUUGGCGGACAUGGGUCUUCUGUCUCAUGGACAACCUUCAUCUCUCAGCGAACGGGUUCAAGAACUUUUUGCCCACUGUUGUCAAGACACUUGGUUACAACACUACCGUCAGUCUCGUGCUGACCUGCCCGCCCUACGUCUUCUCCGCCUUCUUCUCCGUUUUGGUCCCUUGGUCAUCUGGAAAGUACAACGAGCGCACGUGGCACAUUACUAUUAGCAAGCUUAUCGUUUGUAUUGGUUUUGUCAUGGGCGUUUCAUCCCUCAACAUGGGAGUUCGUUACACAGGUAUCAUGCUGUUUGUUGGAGCCACAUAUGGUGUGAACAAUUUGAUUCUUGGCUGGACCUCGUCCGUUCUUGGUCAAACCGACGAAAAGAAGGCAGUUGCCAUUGCCAUGGCCAAUACGCUCGGAAACGCAGCUAGCAUCUACACCCCCUAUCUCUGGCCAGACUCUGACAAGCCUCGGUUCUUAACCGCCAUGCUUGCCAGCAUCGGGUUCUCUAUCGGAGUUGUCAUUUGCGCUUGGGGAAUGAAGUUGGCUUUGAUGCGCACCAACCGCAAGAAGAGAGAGGCUGACCCCAACGCCUCUAACUUCUACGUCUACUGA